AUUCGCCAAAAAAAGUCCAACUGAGCUGCUACAAUUUAUGAUCGGGAUUGGCGCAUAACAAACAAAUUUUUCGUAUUAUAAUCUAAAUUCUCUGUGAAAUUUCAUAUUAACGGUCAGCACAAGCGCUACUAAACAGUGCUGUGCCACAAACUUGCUAACACACAAUCGUAUUUUGUUGGUGAAAAAACAGGCGGCAGCAGAGGCCAGCGGCAGCAGCAGCAGCUAAGAAGACGACGACAGCGGCGGCGGCGACGCAACACACGCGACUUGUAAAGAAAAACACGGCGAGGAGGACAGAGACUGCACCAAGUGGCUUGUGUGUCUUUCUGUCUCUGCUGAGUGGUGUGCGUUAGCGUGUGUGUGUGUAUAUGUGCAUCUCAAGGAUACAUUGAAUAACAAUAACAAAAUAAAGUUGAUAAAAAAAAAGAAAAACGAACAAGAAAACAAAACAAUGGACGUGUACGACGUUAGCGAUGAUCUGAUCAAAAAACUAAACGACUGGAAGCUUAUUGGCGUCAUAUCCACCAGAUUCAAUGAGCUCAAAGAAAACUACUCCAAAGUGAAUUUCGUUGAGCACGCGCUCAUCGACUUCAAGUACAUGGAAAAGAUAUUCCUUAAUGUAAAAUUGCGUGAGAACAAAUGCAACAAGCGCAGCGUGGAGUUUCGUAUGUUGGGCAACGAACAGUUCUCUUUAAAGAACAGGAAAUACUUUCAAGCACUCGAAUUGUACAACAAGAGUAUUUGCUAUGCUGAACCAAACUCGGAACAUUUGUCAAUUGGCUAUGCCAAUCGAUCGGCGGUCUUCUUCGAAUGGAAACGGUAUCGCGAGUGUCUCGCCAACAUCGAGCUGGCGCGCAAGGCCAACUAUCCGGAACGGCUGCGCCAUAAGUUGGACAAACGGGAGCGCGACUGUCAGCAGCUGGUGCAGCAACAGGCACCGGACAUUGUGCCCUAUGACUUUAAGCUGAGCUUCGAGCCACACGCCCAGGUGCCGUAUAUUGCCAAUUGCCUGGAAUUGCGUGAAACUGCGGACGAAGGACGUUUUAUAGCGACGACAAGGGAUUUGGUUGUGGGCGAUGUGAUCGCCGCGGAGCAACCGUUCUGCUCCUCACUGCUGCCGCCCAUGCGCUACAUUAGGUGUGCGACAUGCAAACAAGAACGUUACCUAACGCUUAUACCCUGCGAUAAUUGCUGCUCGGUAAUGUUCUGCUCGGAGGAUUGCAAGCAGCUCGCCAACGAUUCGUUUCACAAGUACGAAUGCCCUAUCAUUGACUUGUUGCAUCGCAUGUUCAACAAAAUCCACGGCAUUGCGUUGCGCACAACGUUGAGCGCGUUGAAUUUAUACGAUAGCAUCGAGGAGCUGAUGGCGUACUGCGAGCAGCCGAGUAAUCAGCAGAAAUGCGUCUUUGACUUGGACUUUACGCAACUGACACCCCAAGAGCACUAUCGAGCCAUCCAUGGUCUGGUAACGAAUCAGCAUAUGCGUUCCGUUUCGGAUCUGUUUCAGCGAUCAGUUGUGUGCGCCGUUCUCAAGCACUUUAUCAUUGAGUAUACGCCGCUGAAGGACUUUUUGGGGGGUGAGGAUGGUCGCAACUUUUUCACGGAUCUGCUAUUCAGGCAUCUGCAAACAUCACCAUCGAAUAUGCAUGGCAUUGAUCUCGUCGAGCAGGUGAACGAGACUAAGGACGAUCAGACGCACUCAUCAGGAGCCUAUGCGUUUCUCUCUCUCCUCAAUCAUUCGUGUGCGCCUAACACGCUACGCAUCUAUGAUGGCACCAAGGCCUAUUUGUUUGUGCUACGUCCCAUCAAGGCUGGAGAAGCGCUCUACGACAACUAUGGCGCGCACUUUGCCAUUUUCAGCAAGAAGGAGCGCCAAGAAAGAUUGUCGAUGCAGUAUCGCUUCAACUGCAGCUGCGAGGCCUGCGAACUGGAUCAUCCCAAGUAUAAGGGAAUGCCACACAAGGCGACGGUGCCGACGGUUAAUGAUGAUACGGAUAUGAAGCUGCUGGGUGCCUACAACUAUGAUUUCGCGAUUGGCAACUAUCAGAAGUAUUGUGAUUUUCUAACCGAGUAUGGCGCUGCUUAUCCCUGUGCGCAGAUCAGUUCGGCCGAGGAGUGCCUCAAAAUGGCACUGCAUAUCAUGGCGGAUGCGGUGCCGCUCAAGGCGAAAAUGUAAUGAGUGUGUCUGAGACACAACGCACUGAACUGCCUCGCAAAACCCGCCAUCCCACCAGCACCACCAACAACACACAAUAUGACUAAAAUUCACAACCACAUAACAGAAGCAUCUCCAUUAACACACACACAACACCCUAAACUAUCCUAAGACACAGACAGCGACGAACUCUAAUUUUGAAUGAUAAAGCAGUAAUUAUUGAUAUGAAUUGUACUAUAUUUUUGAUGCCAUACAAUGUCCGCAUUAAUAUUUUGGCAGCUGCAGCAGUUGUUAAAUUUGAAUAAUUGAUAAGUUAAAAACACUCACAAAUACGAAUUUUGGAUUAUUUUUUGUUAAAAUUCUUUUGUUAAAUUGUACAUUUUAGUUAAAUUAUAUUGCACUCACUUUUUAAUGCCUCCCCUCCUAAAAUGUUGAAAAGUUUAAGAUUUUAGUUCGUUUCGAUCUGACGCAUAUGAAAAACUUAAAACUUAACUAGGUCGCAAGCUCAAAAUUUUUAUUUGUAAUGUGGUUGGAUCACCAAUGUCUUCGAAACUGCAUAAAAAAAAAACAAAA